UGCCUCAACAUGUGUGGCGGAUAAACUUGGAUACUCCGGAGGAAGCUCAUCAAAAUCUCUCUUUCGGUGCUGCGGAUCGCUGGUGGGAGCAAACAGAUCUGACUAAGCUGAUACUCGCCUCAAACAAACUGCAGUGUCUUUCAGAGGAUGUCAAACUGCUGCCUGCGCUCACUGUUCUGGAUGUGCAUGAUAAUCAACUGACAUCGCUUCCUUCUGCUUUAGGACAAUUAGAAAAUCUUCAGAAACUUGAUGUCAGCCACAACAAACUGAAAAGUAUCCCAGAAGAAUUGAUGCAGUUGUCACAUUUGAAGAGCCUUCUUCUUCAUCACAAUGAGCUGAGUCACUUGCCGGAUGGAUUUGGACAGCUUGUCAAUUUAGAAGAAUUAGAUCUGUCCAACAACCAUCUCACAGACAUUCCAACAAGUUUUGCUUUGCUCAUUAACUUGGUGCGACUCAAUUUGGCAUGUAAUCAGCUCAAGAACCUGCCUGCAGAUAUCAGUGCGAUGAAAAGCUUAAGACAACUGGAUUGUAGUAAAAACUCCCUGGAAACUGUACCUUCUAAAUUAGCAACUAUGGCGUCUUUGGAACAACUCUAUCUGAGAAAAAAUAAAUUACGUUCCUUACCAGAAUUUCCCUCAUGCAAAUUACUGAAGGAGUUGCAUGCUGGUGAAAAUCAGAUUGAAAUAUUAAAUGCAGAGAAUCUGAAGCAUCUGAAUUCCCUCUCUGUAUUGGAACUUAGAGACAACAAGAUAAAAUCAGUUCCUGAUGAAAUUACUCUUCUUCAGAAGUUGGAGCGACUUGACCUUGCCAACAAUGAUAUCAGUAGAUUGCCUUAUACAUUGGGGAACCUUCCUCAGCUGAAAUUCCUGGCAUUAGAGGGAAAUCCUUUGAGAACCAUUCGAAGAGACCUCCUGCAAAAAGGCACCCAGGAACUUCUGAAAUAUCUAAGAAGCAAAAUCCAAGAUGAUGUAACGAGCCGAAAUGAAGAGCCUCCUGUGACAGCCAUGACUCUUCCAAGUGAGUCAAGGAUUAACAUGCACGCCAUAACUUCACUAAAAUUAUUGGAAUAUAGUGAGAAACAGGCAGCUGUGAUUCCUGAUGAAAUGUUCGAUGCAGUCAGAAGCAAUCCUGUCGCCACUGUCAACUUCAGCAAAAAUCAGCUGAACGAAAUUCCUCCAAGGAUUGUGGAGCUGAAAGACUCGGUUUGUGAUGUCAACCUUGGCUUCAAUAAAAUCUCAUCUAUUUCCUUGGAGCUUUGCAUGCUCCAUAAAUUGACGCAUUUGGAUAUCAGAAAUAACUUUUUGACAUCUUUACCUGAGGAAAUGGAGGCACUGACAAGACUGCAAAUAAUAAAUCUUUCUUUUAAUAGAUUUAAAGUAUUUCCCAGCGUCCUUUAUCGCAUCCUAGCACUGGAGACUGUCCUGCUCAGUAACAACCAGGUUGGGUCCCUAGACCCUCUGCAGCUGAAGAAGAUGGACAAGCUUGGAACGCUGGACCUUCAGAACAACGACCUCCUCCAGGUGCCACCAGAACUUGGAAACUGUGAGACUCUGAGGACACUUCUGUUGGAAGGAAAUCCAUUCCGCACUCCCCGGGCAGCCAUUUUGGCAAAAGGAACAGCGGCGGGGCUGGAGACUCUGAGAAGCCGCAUUCCUCCUUGGGUAGGUCGUCUCUCUUCGCUGCUGCCUCCAACAAUGCAGUACGGGGCCGUAUGUGAUGAAAGGCUUGAACCCUUCGCCGGCCACGGACUCGGGCACGGACUCGAAGCGGACACCAGCCGGGUUCCCGCUGGCGAGGUGCCCCGUGGCACUUUGGAUUUAAGCCGCACGGAGCGCUGCCGUAAGCAGACUGGGAAGAAAGAGCCGACUGUCCCUAUGGCCGUGUCAUU